AUGGCAUUAACAAACCCCAAAAAGCAGAAGCACAUCGUCUUCGAUGUAAUCGGUACGCUGGCCUCUUACUCUAAGUUUUUCGAGGCGUUGGAAGAGAGGUUGGGUGAUAAGCUACGCGCUGAGGGGAUUAAACCGAUGCUUUUUGGAUAUGCUUGGAUCGAAACCGCAGAACGCGAAUACACAUACCUAUCCAUAUCCAGCACCACAGGCUAUACACCGUUCUAUAAAGUCUUCGCACCACUCUUCUAUCGCGUUCUUUGGAUGUCUGGUGUUUCUGAACCACGAGAGCUUGCUAGUGAUGAAGAUAAAGACAUAAUAAUGCGCAGCUUCCUAAUCCUUCAACUACGUCCCGACGCCUCAGCCUGCAUAUCCCACCUCCGCGCCCACGAUUUCACGGUAUGGGGCUAUACAGCCGGCGACGUCUCCACCGUAGCUGCGUAUUUCGCAGACGCGGGAAUCGAGAUGCCGGUGCGCAAUCUGUUGAGUUGUGAUAUGUAUGGGGUUGGGAAACCGGAUAAGGAGUCUUAUACACCUGUACUAGAAUUGCUGAAGAAAGAGAAAGGAGAGGGAGGGAGAGUGAGAGGGGUAAAGGAAGUGGAAGAGGGAGGGGAAAAGGAGGAGUUUUGGUUCGCUGCGGCGCAUAUGUGGGAUGUUAGCGCGGCGAGGAAAUCUGGGUUUAAAGGAGCGUGGUGUUCGGUAUAUGAAAAGGAACCGUGUGUGGAGAUCUUUGGGGAGAUGGAUGUCAUGGCUGAUUCGCUGCUGGAGAUGGCUAGGAUGGUUGUUGUGAAGGCGGGGGUUUGA